AUGAUUGGGAUACGGACUUUGUUACGUUUUAAAACGACUGAUUGUAAAAAAGAUCUGGGAACAGUGUUUAAAAAAAUGAAUAAAGAUACCAAGCUGCUAUUCGGUGAUCUGUUAGAGACGAACAAAACGCGAAAACACCGUUUGAAACUCGCUGACAAAAUCGUGGUAGACGAGAAGGAAAAAGAAAAUAAUUAUCUUAAUCGCUUAAAGUCACAGAUCGAACCGACGAUGGAAGAUGGUAUCAGUAGUAUGGUAAAUGAUUCAAAGCAGAAUUUAAGCCAAGAAUACUACGGAAAGCUCACCGCUGAAAUGCCAUCCGAAAUGAUUAUUCACGAAACCCCUAAACGUGAUAUACCUUCGGUAACAAACAUUCUUAAUACCACAAUGUCAGAGAAGUCAAAAGCAGCUUUAGAAAAUUGGAAAAAGAGUAUGAUUGAAAAGCUGGGAGAAGACGGUUUUAAUAAAUACAGCAGAGAACUAAUGGCCAUGGGAAGUGCUAUGCAUACUAAAAUACAGUCACAUUUAACCGGCCACCAGCCGGAUGUAAGCCAUUAUGACGAAGUAGAAAACUGUUGGAAAAGUUUGGAUGCAGUUCUAAAAAACGUUUCGAAACCGAUUCUAGUGGAAAAAAUGGUCGUGCACGACGGAUUGUCGUACAGAGGCAUCGUGGAAUGCGUUGCGUUUUACAAAGACACUCCUGUGGUAAUCGAAUGGAAGAAGUCGUCACGUGAUAAAUCCAGUUUGCAGGCGACGUACGACGCGCCUAUUCAAUUGGCAGCUUAUAUGGGAGCUGUGAAUAACGACAUUUCCUAUGACUUUAAGGUUGAAGAAGGAUUAGUAGUCGUCGCGUAUAGCGACGGUCAUCCGGCCAAUGUUUUUAAACUGACAAAACAAGCGUGCCUCGAUUAUUGGAAGAUUUGGAUGGGAAGACUGAAUAAAUACAAACAAAUUCAAAGUAGUUUUAAGUAA